UCACGACUUGUUGCUGAAGUUCCUUGUAGCCAGGCAGGAUGCAGAGCAGGAGUUGUACAGUUCGGCAGCUCACCCAUCCCCUUCUCCUUGCCAUAGUCUUCGUCCUCGUCCUCGGCGUCCUGGGAUGGACGCUCUUUCUCGCCAAUCUGGGGAAAUUCCACCCCGAAACGGCGGGACUGCAGAUGCAGAUCAGAGAGUUGCAGAGGGAGAAAGAGAGCCUGCUGGAAGAGAACGGGAGGCUGCAGAGUGAGAGAGACGAGCUGAGGAGGGAGAGAGACGAGUUGCGGAAGGAGAGAGACGAUCUGCGGAGUGAGAGAGACGAGUUGCGGAAGGAGAGAGACGAGCUGCGGGAACGUCAGCAGAACUGCGAGACAUUACUGGAGAAACAGAAAGCAGCUCAGGAUGAAACCGUCAAAAAACUGAGUGAUGAGAACAAGGGCUUAUAUUCCACAAAGAAGGAACUGGAAGGUAAUCUUCAGGAUUGUGAAGAGGCACAACUGCGUUACAGCCGCGAGAUACAGGAAUGCAAGAACAAUAAUGAACACAUUUUGGAAAGACUUAAUUCUGAACGGAAGUUUGCUCAAUACAACCGUGGGAGUAAAUCAUGUGAAAAUCAGGAAUAUAACUAUUGGUGGUGGAUUUUGUGUUUCGUUUUGGGUUUUUGCCUGGCUCGUUGCUGUGAUGGGUGUCAAUGAAAAAAGGAAGACCCCAGUAUGCAGGGAAUGAUUGCUGGUUAUAAACAGAGGGAAACAUGAAUUCUGACCCUCUGGACACAAUCCCCUAAAGGAAUCUGAGCAGUUACCCCGUGAUGAAGCAGCAACACCCACGCUCCCCAAGGUGCUCAUGCUGAAAUAGUGGGUGCGAAGAUCUACAGCCCAGCCAGCGAUAUAACCCCGAAAUAUAACAUGUACGGCACAGAAUGUGAAUGAGCCACUAUGUAUUCCCCUCCUAUUCCUCAGCUCACAUGGUCUGCCCUAUCACGGACUUGAAACCUCAUCCCUGGUUGCUUCCAUUGGACUCCUGAUAGUUCCAGACACCAUCUGGAUAAUUUUCAUUUCAUUUAUAGGAUGUGAAAUUCGGCAGCCAGCCUUGCUGACCAUUUCAGAGGGUGUUGUUGUCUCAAGUCACACAGAGACCAGACUCAUAAGGAUGACAGAUUUCUAGAUUGGCAAUCAAGUGGAUUUUUGAAACAACCUACUAAUGAUACAAGCUUUUGAUUCAAGGUUUAGUUCUUUACCUGGGUUUAGUUAUAAGGUUACCAAGUGGUUACCAAGGUUUUGUUAUAUUCCACAGUGGGAUUUCAAACUACGUUCUACAUAUCAACUGGCCAGCUAGCUGGAUACCAGCCCAGUAACUUAACCACUCUGCACUACACUGCAUUGUAGCAGAGCAUGAAACAACCACACAGGAGUCCAGCAGGACUCAGUGUAACCAUCUGCUUUCUCUGCACUGAAACCCAGCUAUGAACCAGUAACAGAAGCUUAGCAAGAUUGCCCAACAAGUAUCUUGGCACACAUUCAUACAAAUCAGUGAAACUGAGGCAUGUGUCCAAGGGUUGGAUGGCCCUUGUUCACCAUCAAUGGACUAUCAUUACAAAAUGUACUCUGAUUACUAUUAUUCGCAAUGAAAACUCCAAAGCCUUUCCAUCAGAUACUAGCCUGUAACCUAGUCCCAGAUACUGGUUAUCCUAUUUAUAACACUACCCUCUGAACCCUUCAAUUAAAUUCCAGCUGAUAGCUUGCUCCCAACUGUUCAUUAUUGGUAUAUAAACACCUUGACCACUGCCUUUACUGGCCUUUAAAUCCUUCCCAGUGUCUGUUAUACACACGUUCAUUAAACCCUUUGAUUAGUCUCCAGCCUGACUACAGCAUAUGAGUAGAUAUUAUUGCAUCAAUAAACCUCCUGAACUCUUUAAGUUGCAGGUAUUACUUACCAUUAGACAUUGGCUAUUUUAUAUUUAAAUUUACUUUCCCCUCACUCCAAACCCCAAGCUCAAUCUCAGACCCCUUCUACUACAUUUCCACCUGUAACUUAGAAUAAAGAAAAUUACAACCCAGUACAGGCCCUUCAGCCCCUGAUAUUGUACUGCCUUUUUAUCCUACUCUAAGAUCAAGCUAACCCUGCCCUCCCACAUAACCUUCCAUUUCUCCUUCACCCCUAUACUGACUUAAAGUCUCUUAAACGUCCCUAAUGACCCCUGGCAUAGCAUUCCACUCUCUAUGCAAAGAACUUACCUCUGACUUUCUUCCAGCUACUUUAAAAUUAUGCCCCCUCAUAUUAGCCACUUCCAACCUGGGAAAAAAUCUCUGGCUGUCCACCUGAUCAAUGCCUCUUAUCAUCAUGUACACCUUUUUGAAGUCACCUUUCAUCCUCGUUUGCUUCAAAGAUAGUAACACUCGCUCGUUCAGCCUAUCCUCAUAAGACAAAGUCUCUAAUCCAGUCAGCAUCCUGGGAAACCUCUGCAUCCUCCCUAAAGCUUCCACAUUUUUCCUACAAUGAGGUGACCAAAAAUGAACACAAUACUCCCAAGUGUGGUCAAACCAGGGUUUAUAGAGCUGCAACUUUGGAGCUCAGUCCUCGAACUAAUGAAGACCAACACACCUCCACCUUCUUAACAACCCAAUCAACUUGCACAGCAAAUUUGAGAGAUCUAUGUUUCUGAACCCCAAGGUCCCUAUGUUCCUCCACACUGCUAGGAAUCUUACCAGUAACCCUGUACUUUGCCUUCAAAUUUGACUUUCCAAAGCGAAUCAAUUCACAUACUCCCAGGUAUCUCUUAAUCUGUAAUAUAUCUUCCAAAACUCUGAAUUAAAUCCCAAAAUAACACUUGACCAGGUAUCUGUUAUGUUAUGUUUUGACUUCAUUUCCAUCCAGAUUCCAUUGUUAUAGAAUAGUGUGUUUAUCAAUUCAUGAAAUGUAAUAGAUACUUCAAAUGUAACAACAAUUGCUGUGCGUUUGGUGAUAAUUUUUGUGUCUUUACUGGCCACAGGCGUACUCUCAGGUUCAAAGUUCAAAGUAAAUUUUAUUAUUAAAGUACAUCUA